AUGGCUAAAGGAAAGAACAAAGAAAGAGACAAUGUCAGGAAAGAGUCGUCAUCUCCAAAAUACUCAAAUAGAAGGAAACGUCAAGAAAUCAAAUAUUCUGGUCAGUCUCAAAUUAACAAGUUUCCUAUCAAAUUAGCAAUGUGGGAUUUUGAUCAUUGUGACCCAAAGAAAUGCAGUGGUAAAAAAUUAGAAAGGCUAGGCCUUAUGAAAGAUCUUCGAAUAGGACAGAAAUUCCAAGGUAUUGUAGUGACUCCGAAUGCCACUCAAGUAGUUAGCCCCAGUGAUCGACCAUUGGUUGAAGAAAUUGGAAUAGCAGUAGUUGAAUGUUCGUGGGCUCGACUAGCGGAAAUUCCAUUUGGUAAGAUAGGCGGGCGUAACGAAAGGCUUCUUCCUUACCUCCUUGCCGCUAAUCCUGUAAAUUAUGGAAAACCAAUGAAAUUGAAUUGCAUGGAAGCCAUAGCAGCUUGUCUUAUUAUUGUUGGACGCAUGGAUCUUGCUCAGGAGUUGCUACAGCGUUUUUCUUAUGGAGCGGCGUUUGUAGCAAUCAACCAAGAGCUUUUCGAUAUGUACCAAAAAGGAUCGGAUUCAAGCUCGAUCCUUGAGAUAGAAAAAAACUAUCUUGACAUAAUGGAAAGAGAGAAGGAACAGAGAAAGGCGACAAAAUCCACCCUUGAUUGGUGGACGAUGGGAAAUCCCAACAGAAAGCGUCUGGACAAUGAGAGUGAUGACAACCUUGAUAAAUCUCAAGAUGAUAGGGUUGACCACGUUAGUGAUGAGGACUUUGAUAAAACUCAAGAUGAUGAUGGUGUGGACGAAGCUCAAGAAGACGAUGGGCAAGAUCAAGACAUAGAGAAAGAAGAAGACGAAGGGGUAAAAGUAAGUUUACUUACACCAUUCUCAGUAAAACAAAACGAAACAGCUAGUUUGGAACAGAAAAUUGGAAAUAUGCAAUUGAAUGAAUAA